CAGCAGUCAAGGCGAACAAUGGGUGCCAACAACUUUGUGCUGUUUGAGUCGGCCUCGGGCUAUGCAAUCUUUGAGGUCGUUGAAAACGAGGAGAUCGGCGGUCUCCUCUCCGAAGUGCAGGCCGCGGUGGCGGACGUGUCUUCGUUCGGACGUAUCGUCAAACUCAAGGCCUUCCAGCCCUUUACGUCGGCUGAGAACGCCCUGGAGAACAUCAACAACAUCUCGGAAGGCUUGUUGAGCGAAGAUCUCAAGAACUUCCUGGAGAUGAACCUGCCCAAGGUCAAGGCCGGAAAGAAGGCUAAGUUCGCUCUGGGCGUGCAGGACAAGGGUCUGGCUCAGGCCAUUUCGGACGAGCUCAACGCCCCGUGCAACACUAGCGAGACGACGUUGGAGAUCGUGCGUGGUGUGCGUGUGCACUUCGCCACGUUCGUGAAGGAGCUGGCUCAGGGCAACCUGGCCAAGGCUCAGCUUGGUCUUGGCCACUCGUACUCGCGUGCCAAGGUGAAAUUCAACGUGAACCGUGCCGACAACAUGAUCAUUCAGGCCAUCGCUCUGCUGGACCAGAUGGACAAGGAUAUCAACACGUUCGCCAUGCGUGUGCGUGAGUGGUACUCGUGGCACUUUCCCGAGUUGGUCAAGAUCGUCAACGACAACUACGUGUACGCUCGUUGUGCCUCGUUCAUUAAAAACCGCAGCUCUCUCAACGAGGACUCGCUCGAGGAGCUGUCCAAGAUCGUGUUAGAUGAGGACAAGGCCCAGCAGAUUCUACACGCCUCUCGCUCGUCCAUGGGCAUGGACAUGUCGGAGAUUGACAUGAUCAACGUCGACAACUUCACCACUCGUCUCGUUAAGCUGGCCGAGUACCGUCGUCAACUGCACGAGUACCUGGUGUCCAAGAUGUCGACGGUGGCCCCCAACCUCGCGUCGCUUAUCGGCGAGUCGGUGGGUGCUCGUCUUAUCUCGCACGCUGGUUCGCUGACCAAUUUGGCCAAGUGUCCGGCCUCGACGGUGCAGAUUCUGGGCGCUGAGAAGGCUCUGUUCCGUGCCCUCAAGACCCGUGGCAACACGCCGAAGUACGGUCUGCUGUUCCACUCGACGUUCAUUGGUCGUGCUGCUGCUAAGAACAAGGGCCGCAUCUCUCGCUACUUGGCGAACAAGUGCGCUAUUGCGUCGCGUAUUGACUCGUUCAUUGACGAACCUACCACCAAGUACGGUGACAAGAUGCGCGAGCAGGUAGAGGAGCGUCUGGCUUUCUACGAGAGCGGCGCUGCUCCUCGUAAGAACGCUGACGUGAUGCUGGAGGUGUCUGAAGAGCUGAAGAAGGCUGCUACCAAGUCGGACAAGAAGUCCAAGAAGGACAAGAAGUCCAAGAAGCGUCCGGCUGAGGACAUUGAGGAGAUCAAGGAGGAGAUUAAGGAAGAGACAUCCACUAAGAAAUCCAAGAAGGAGAAGAAGAACAAGAAGCAGAAAAAGGUUGAAGAGGAGGAGGCUGCUCCUGCUGUCGAUGCUGAUAAGAAGAAGAAGAAGAAGAAGGGCAAGAAGAAAUCCAAGACUGCGGAGUAGAGUGCCCCCGCCCACCGACGCUAGCGGUAGUAGUACACUUAUUCUCGUUGCGGUUUUUUUCAUUCUUGGACGGCCUUUGUUGCUGCCGCCAAGCGUAUUGUACAUGUCGAUAACGCUGGCUGUGCGCGUCAAAGACUCAAUAUAUUUGCAAUCUCA